AUGUCCAACCUCGUACACCCACAUACAGUAUGGGCUGUCGGCCACGGCGUUAUGCUCGCCAGCGCCAGCUACGUCCUCCUCCAGACGGUACUCUUCCGUGGGACUCCUCAAAUCAUCUAUCGACUAGGCUUCACCGGCGCCUUGCUGUCCUACUGUAUCGUGGUGUUCAAGUCGCUGGGCCGGCCGCAGCCGAACGCAGCAUGGGUGAGGCGGGCAUUCGUGGAUGAAAAUGUCCAGUAUGCCGUUUUGGCGCUCUACUGGUGGAUCUCCAAGCCUAUCAACUUGUCCAUACUCCCCUUCGCCACAUUCUCACUAUUCCACUGCCUCACCUUCCUCCGUACAAACGUCAUCCCCAAAUUCGUUCCCCCUUCGCAGGCGCCCCAGGCGGGCCAGCAGCGUCCCGCGCCACAAGGACUGGAGGCGGUGUCGAGGAGGAUUCAGGUAUGGGUCAAGAACAACUAUGAUGGCGCGAUGAGGUUUGUGGCGUAUACGGAGUUGGCGAUUCUGGCUAGGGUGACGGUCGGGGCCUUGACCUUCACCUCAUCCUUCAUCGCCCCCAUCUUCCUCGCCCACUUUAUCCGCCUCCGAUACCACGCCUCCCCCUUCACCCGGCACGCCGUCAACGCACUCACGGGUCGUAUUGAUGGUCUCGCCGGAAAUCAGGGCGGUGUUGUCGCCAACGUAUGGGGCACCAUCAAGCGGGUCGUUGGCAGCUGGGGUGGGGGACGGCUGGUUCCUCAGCAGCCGGGACAGGGGGCUGCUGCGCCCGGUCAGGCGGGUGGAGCGGGUGGGGCGGCCGCGCAGGCUCAGGCAAGGAGGCAGCAGUAG